CUUCCAUUCACACCCCUGGGAUACACACCUCCCACACCUGCUGGCCUCAUACACACCUGACAGAGUGAAUUAUUACACAUGUGUAUUAAGAACAUACGAACAAGGUGACUACAGAAGGCCUAUUGGCCCAUACGAGGCAGUUCCUAUUUAUAAUCACCUAAUCCCACUCAUAUACACGGAUAUGUGAAUCCCGGUUAUAUAUAUAAUUAUAUAUAUAUAUGGUGUCUCCCUACAAGUGAUCUAGUGCUCUAAUUACUGAACUACUUCACCAGCAGGAAGCUAACUACCUCCCAUCACUGUGACAAGUCAAUCUCCCAUCUUUACCUACAAUGUCGAGGAUGCGCGAGUACAAGAUAGUGGUGUUGGGAUCGGGUGGUGUUGGCAAAUCUGCUCUGACAGUCCAGUUUGUUCAAGGCAUUUUUGUCGAGAAAUAUGAUCCAACAAUUGAAGACUCCUACCGGAAACAAGUCGAGGUGGAUGGACAGCAGUGUAUGCUGGAAAUCCUCGACACUGCUGGAACAGAACAAUUUACUGCAAUGCGUGAUCUUUACAUGAAGAACGGCCAGGGCUUUGUUUUGGUGUAUAGCAUCACUGCACAGAGCACCUUCAAUGAUCUACAAGACCUUCGAGAACAGAUUCUUAGAGUGAAGGAUACCGACGAUGUUCCAAUGAUUCUGGUUGGCAACAAGUGUGACUUGGAAGAUGAACGUGUAGUGGGCAAAGAUCAGGGCCUGAACUUGGCAAAAUCUUUCUCCUGCGCUUUCCUAGAGUCUUCGGCCAAGGCCAAGAUCAACGUCAACGAGAUCUUCUACGAUCUCGUUCGGCAGAUCAACCGAAAGUCGCCGGAAAAAAAUCAGGGCAAGAGGCCCGGGAGUCGUAAGCCAUGUUGCCUCUUAUAAGGUUGAAUGUUCUUUGAUAUUAAGACUAGAUAAAGAAUGUUUGGAUGUUACGCCUUCAUCCUCUCAGGUGUAAAUUUGGUUUUGUUCUAUUGUCAAGGCAUGCAGCAAUUAAUCAUUCCUAGGGACUUUUAGGUGUACUUAUUGCCAUCAGCGAGGGUUAGGUGUACUUAUUGCCAUCAGCGAGGGUUAGGUGUACUUAUUGCCAUCAGCGAGGGUUAGGUGUACUUAUUGCCAUCAGCGAGGGUUAGGUAUACUUAUUGCCAUCAGCGAGGGUUAGGUGUACUUAUUGCCAUCAGCGAGGGAACUGCCAGGAGAGAGUCGAUGGCUCUAAGUGACCAAAGCAUAAUUUCUUAGUUGUGUAGAGAAUGCUGUUGUGUUUUUGUUUGGCUGACAGACUAAGGGACUUCUGGAGGAAACAUGCAUAUCUUGUCAAUAGAAAUUUUGAAUUGAAGGGUGGGAAAAAGGCUGGUGCCACACACGAACUCAUUGUUUUGCACACAAUGAUCGGGGUUUGUAUAGACUUGCUCUUGAAAAGGAAUUUCCCAUAAAGUCUUAAGUGUUGGAAAUGUGCUCGAGGUAACUUGUUACUUUAGAGCACUUGUCAUAUUAUUCAGACAUGUUUGCUGAAUGUGGCUAGAAGUACAACACGUUGUUUAUAAAAAUAUUGGAUCUGCAAGAAUGUGAUGUCGGCAUAACUCAUGUUGGCCAUAUUUUGUUACUUCUUAGUCUCUCGUGAUUCAGAAAAUACUGAAUAUCCAUGAAUUUUCCAAAGUUAAACUAGUCUAUUUUUUCUAGCACAAAAUUAUGGAAUAUAGCUAUUACUAACAUUCAAGUCGUUUAUUUUUUAUUUUAAGAGAGACAAAUUCCGCUAUCCAUCCUCAUUGUACCAUUU